AUGAGAAGAAAUUCUUGGCCAAAUCCUAUACCUGGCUAAAAAUAUUUAAAAAGUAAAAACUUCAAGAAGAAUAAUAGAUCUCUGUAAAAAAUUAGAGUAUAACCCUAGGAGGAUCAAAGAAAACUUAUAAAUCAACAUAGCCAAAUCAUAUAAGAUUAAAGAUUUAGCAAAACUUUCAUAAGAAGAAGUAGUGAGAUAAUCUAGCCUAUUUUUGAAUUUGAACCUAAGAUAGACAAGUAUCGAUACUUUGCUUCAACAUUUAUGCUAAUGCUAAUUAUCGUUGGAACCAUUUAAUAUAGGGCAGAAUACGUGCCAAAAGAAAUUCGAGUUGUCUUGAUUGGCUCAAUGGGUAGCGGUAAAAGUACUCUUGGGAACGCCCUAGUUGGCAGAGAAGUAUUUUAAACUGGAUAUGGAUAAGGUUCAUAUACUUUGGAAUCUAUUGAGGCUAAUGGCACCUUUUUUGGUCGCCCAAUAUCUGUAAUAGAUACUUAAGGUCAUGAUGAUUCCCUUGGCAGAGAUUAUUAUCAUUCUGACCAAUUACUUUAACUAUUGAAGAAUAAGCCUUUCGUCAAUGCUUUCAUCUAUUUACUUGUACUAGAAGGUCAUAGAAUGAGCGAUAAUUCUUGGCAAAGAUUGAAUUUGUACCGCGAUUCUUUUGUUGGUUUUACAGACUAUGUAAUUUUUGUUGUUAGUUUUUGGCAUUAUGAUGAUGAAUCUAUUAGCAGAAGAUAGCAAAAAAAUAUGACUGAUGAAUAUGCCAUAUAAUAACUCUUAAUUGAUUUUUCAGAUAGAGGUUAUAAAGUACGUGAAGACUAAAUAUUAUUUAUAGAUACCUUCUACAAUUCUAAACAUUCCCUUUAAAAAGAAAAGUUUGAAAAUUCAACAUAUCAACUUUUUAAAAUGAUCACUAGCAAGGCCAAAUACAAUUUCUUUGAAGAAGAUAAAUUACUUACAUAAACAAAAAGAGUCUACGAACUUAAUCAAAAUAUCUAUAAAAGAUCUUAAGAAUAAGAAGCUAGGAGACAAAAAAAGGCAGAAUUGGAAAGACAAAAAAAAGAAGAAUUGAAAAAGAAAUAGGAGGAAUGUGAGUAGAGUAUUUACUGUAGAAUGUUUGGUGGAGAAAAAGAUGAAGAAAAUUUGAUCAAUAAUGAUAUUGAUUAAAAUUUGGAUCUCUGA